AUGUCGUACAGAGAGCUCACGGUCAGAAAGGUUUCCACCCUCAUGACGCGCCUGCGUCAUGUUAUGUGGAGAUCUCAUGGUCAGAAGGGUUCUUGCCCUUUUGACGCGCCACGUCACCUUCGCGGGAAAGGUCUUCAACUUGAACCGAAAAACUAUCAUGUUGUCAUGGACAAUGGCCUGGUCAAGGUUACAGUGUCCGUUCCUGGGGGCACGGUUGCAGGGAUAGAGUACAAUGGCAUUCCAAAUUUACUCGAAACAAGAAAUAAAGAAACUAAUAGAGGAUAUUGGGACGUUGUUUGGAAAUUCCCAGGUCAUUCUGCUUUCGUUGAGGAGCUGGAAGGUACCAGCUUUGAUGUGAUUACGGAAGAAGAGAGUGGAGUAGAGCUUUCUUUCACAAUAACAUAUGAUAAUUCGAUCAGUAGCCCACAACUUCCACUAAAUAUUGAUAAAAGGUUCAUAUUGUUACGUGGCCACAAUGGAUUUUACACAUAUGCCAUAUUUGAACGUUUGGAAGGAUGGCCUGCUCUUGAUGUAUCUCAGACCCGGGCAGUAUUCAAACUUGAAGAGAAACUGUUUCAAUAUAUGGCUAUAUCCGAUAAAAGGCAAAGAAUAAUGCCAACAUUAGAAGAUAGGGAAAGAGGUAAGACUCUUGCUUACCCAGAAGCCGUUCUUCUCACAAAUCCAGCCAAUCAUUCUCUCAAAGUAGAGGUGGAUGACAAGUACCAAUAUUCUAGUGAUGUUAAAGAUACUCGGGUGCACGGGUGGAUAUGUACAAAUCCACCCACUGGAUUUUGGAUGAUAAUCCCAAGUAAUGAAUUCAGAAUUGGUGGUCCUAUGAAACAAGAACUUACAUCCCAGGCCGGCGCAACUACUAUAUCGUCGUUCCAUACCAAUCAUUAUGCUGGAGAAGACAUGCGACAACAAUUCAGAGAUGGAGAGCCCUGGAAAAAGGUUUACGGCCCUGUUUUUGUCUACCUUAAUUCUGUUCCAGAAAGUGGUGACCCCGACUCACUCUGGGAAGAUGCCAAGCAACAGAUGUUACAAGAGACUGAGAACUGGCCAUACGAUUUCCCCCGUUCAGAAGACUAUCUUUCUGCUGAUCAACGUGGCAGUGUUAGUGGCCGGUUACUAGUUCGAGACACGUACAUAAACCUAAGCUUUUAUGUCCUCAAUGGGAGCUUAGCUUAUGUUGGCUUAGCUCUACCGGGUAAUGCUGGAUCUUGGCAAAUGGAAAACAAGGGCUAUCAAUUCUGGACACAAGCGGACAAUAAUGGUAACUUUUCAAUUGAAAAUGUCCUACCAGGGAACUACAGUUUAUAUGCUUGGGUGCCUGGAUAUAUUGGUGACUACAGAUACGAUUCCUACAUCAUCAUCUCUCCAGGAACAAGGAUCACACUUGAUAAUGUUAUAUAUGAGCCUCCAAGAAAUGGUCCUACAUUAUGGGAAAUUGGGAUCCCUGACCGGACUGCUAUUGAGUUUUUCGUGCCUGAUCCGAGUCCACGGUUCACAAAUCCAUUAUAUUUGGCUUCCGAGAAGUUUAGGCAAUAUGGAUUAUGGGAUCGUUACUCGGAAAUAUAUCCUGACCAUGAUUUAGUUUUCACUGUUGGCGAUAGCAACUACGAAACAGACUGGUUUUAUGCUCAAGUAAAUAGGAAUAUUGGAAAUCAUACCUAUGUUCCAACAACAUGGCAAAUAGUAUUUGAUCUCCAAAAUAUUGAUGUAUCUGCAACCUAUACGCUCCAAAUUGCACUGGCAUCGUCAACUGGAGCUGCAUUGCAAGUUCGAAUUAACGACCCAAAUGCUAGGAACCCCAUUUUUAAUAAGGGUUUGAUUGGCAAGGACAAUGCAAUUGCCAGACACGGUAUUCAUGGGCUGUAUCGGCUAUAUAGCAUAGAAGUUUGGGGCUCUCAACUUGUGCAGGGAAGAAAUUCGAUAUUUCUCACGCAGUCAAGAAACUCAUUCCCUUGGGAAGGGAUAAUGUAUGAUUACAUUCGUCUUGAAGGUCCGCCUCAAGAUAACUGAUG